AUGGCCAGACCCUGGCAGACCCCACAACUCCUGCUGGCCAAACUGGUGAUCCUGGUGACCCUCACCCACCAAGUAAGAAGGAAAACUUUUAUUAGUGUUGAAGAAGUACCUGUGUCAGAGCCCUAUGUGAUAGCCACCAUGCAGUUUGUGAUCAACGACUUCAACAAGAAGAGUGAUGACAAGUACAAUUUCCGAAUUGUGCGGGUCCUGAAGGUACAGAAGCAGGUUACUGACCACAUGGAGUAUCAUGUGAACAUGGAGAUGCGGCGGACCACCUGUCAAAAGCUAGAGAUUACUAAUUGCACGUUUCAGGAAGGGGAACUUUAUAAGCAAAUUGAGUGCUUCUACUCAGUGUUUGUUGUUCCCUGGUUUGAAAAGUACAAAAUUCUGAACAAAACCUGCACUGAUGGCAAGGUGUCCUGA